UGGUUACAAGCAGACCGUUACUGAGGAGCGAAGCAAGCUGCACAGAACGUCAGCUUGUUAUUCGAAACGGUUGUUUUUAAAACAGUAAAUAGCAAUCACGAUUUCGCGCGUUAGAAAAUUCGUCGAGCUUCACUAAUUAACAACGUCGUGAUCGUCGUUGUUUUGUUUCCUUCGGGCUGUACAAUUAAAGCUGUCACAAUUCGCCAAUUCCACAGAAUCAUCCCAUUUUUUUCUGGUUUCAAGAUGUCUGUGAAUGAAAUAACGAUAGAAAACCUGAAGAUAUUAAAAGCUCGGCAUGUAUACAUGAAGGACGAAGCGUCGGUCCUUCAAAAAAUCAACAAAAUUGUUGUUGAAGGCGCGAACAGCUUGCAGUUCGUAACUGAUUUCGAUUUGACGUUGACAAAGCAGCACGAAAAUGGUUGUCCAAUUUUAAGCAGUUUUGGUAUUUUUAGAAAAUGUAAGCAACUACCUGAUUCUUACAAAGAGGAAGCAAAAAUAAUGUACCAGAAGUAUCGAGCAAUCGAAAUAGAUCCAAACAUUCCACUAGAACAUAAAGUAGAAGCAAUGAAUCAGUGGAUGUUAGCAGGACACCAAAGUCUGAAAGGUCAUGAAUUUGAUAAAAAAGAGAUAGAAGAUGUGACUAAAUUGUAUGGGCAUUCUUUACGUGAUCGGACAAAAGAGUUAUUUUCUAAAUUGAAAAAUCUCAAUGUUCCUGUACUAGUAUUUAGUGCAGGACUAGGAGAUAUUGUUGAAACAUUGUUAAAGCAACAAGGGGUUUUACAUGACAAUGUUAAUAUAAUAUCAAAUUUUUUAAAAUUUAAUGGCAACACUUUAGAUGGGUUUGCAAAUUAUAAUAGCAUGAUACAUGUGUUCAAUAAAAACGAACACGCUGUUGAAAAUAAAUAUUUUAGAAUUUUGCAAGGUCGCACUAAUGUCAUAUUAAUGGGAGAUACCAUUGGUGAUUCUACCAUGGCAGAUGGAGUUGAAAAUACAGAAACAAUUUUAAGGAUUGGUUUUCUUUAUGACCAUGCAGAAGAAAGCUUACCACAAUUUAAGGAGGCCUUUGAUAUUGUUUUAGUAGAUGAUCAAACAAUGGAUGUUGUUUUGGAAAUUCUGGGUUUACUUUUAUAACAUACUUUUCUACCUAUAUGUAAGAUAGGAAAUCUAAUUUUAUCAAACUUAGUUUUAAGGUAUUUUUUUGUAUGGUCGUCAUAAUUUAAUAAUCUUGUAAAUUUUUGCAUUUACAAGUGUGUGUAUGAAUUCUUGUUACAUGAAUCAAAGUUUGAACAAAUGAAGUAAUCAAAGGUACAAAGUUUAACCAACAACUGUGUUAAUAAUUAUAAAUUAUUUUGUAAGAAACUUUCGUCUUCUUUGUACGUGAAGAUUUUUUGAAACGUUUCUAUUUUAGAAAAAAAAUGUUUGUUAUAACAUAUAUUUUGUUGGUUGCACAUUAAUGAGUCACUAAACGCUGGUCGUAAAUCUCAAUUAAAUAGUUGUUGCAAUAAUAAUUUUAUACAUGAAAUAUAAAAUAGUUACAUUGAGCAAAUAAGUUUUAGUUUCUGAACUUUGACACUAUCGGUUAUUAUUUUUAUCAAUACAAUUUUGUUAAUAAACAAAUAUUUAUUAAGAUUUUUGUUAAUCCAGAAAGUGCUAGUAGUAAAGGUAUUAAUUAGCAAAUUAAAAUGUAACAUAAAUUGUAAAAAAGUUUAUAUAUUUCACGUAAUAUGGUACACAAAAUACAGUAAUAUACAUAAUAAAUUUUUGUUGUAAAGUUCAAAUUUUAUAAAAAGCAUUACUGUCAAUAAACAUAAUAUUGUAUUCAUUUCAUCAAUUUUACUAUCUGUUUUUUAUGUACAGACGCGCGCGCGUGUGUGUGUGUACAUACAUACACACGUGGGAGUGUGUGUGUGUACAUUAUAUAUUGUCACCAAAUUGUAAACUUUCAAUUUAUCAAAAUAAACAAAUAUUUGUUUAUAAAAGA